CAGUCACCGUGACAGGGGAUACAAAUUCAUUUUCGUCAAAAGUUUCGACGGCCCGCGGGAGGGGAGAAGAACAACAAAACAAAAAAAGCGAACAAAAAUGGAGGGAGAUACAAAUCGGGCGGAGCCGGAAGGUAGCAUUCUACCCGUCUUCGUCGUAGCCGACGUUCCUAGCUCUGUUCUCGACCAGCUGCUCCAAGACGACGCCAUAUUCCAAAAACGCGAGUCCUUGCGCCUGCACAUCCUGGGCGCCGAGUCUGCCGCCGAGCUCGAGCGCGUCGACCAAUACACCGAGAACGGCAAAGAGCGCUCACGGCCGCCUAUGGUUGCUGGCCACGCUGCCGGCUCGCCCUUUCUCGGCUGGGACCUAACCCGGAUUAACGAGUGGUUUGUCACAAACAUCCGGGCCAAGGGCGCGUACAUCUGGACGGGCAGCAUGUUCCUCGUUGUCGACAAGUACAGCGAGGCGACGGGCACUGUCGGCGUCGUUGAGGCCGACGCCGACCUGGUACCGCCCAAGGGCCCCGGCGCGGAGGUGGAGAUGCGUCGCCGGAGGGAGCAGGCGCGCCUGAAGAACCCAGAAUACGAAGGGGACGAGGACAACGAGCCCGAGAAUAUCCGGUGCACCUUUGCUGUGGCCCGCCAGAUCGCCACCAUCGUAGAGCUGGGGGUACAGCCACUGUAUGAAAAUCGCGAUCCUAACGUCGUCUGGUCGGAAUCCGAGAUUCCGCUUCAACUUUGAGAGGCUGGCAGGUAGGGGAUGGGUGUCGUAGUCGCGGCUUUUUCUUGUCAAAUUCCAUAUAUGGGACCUACUGCGAAUGAGCGGACGGCAGCCAGCCCUAGAAACGGUGGCGAACCUCUUGUUGCUAGGUCCAGAGGGGCAUAGGGAGCCAGACAGGGUGAUGCACUACAUAGACCAAAUGUCUAAACUGACAUGGUACUGCCAAUUGAAUCGUCAGGGGCUUCCUAUGGUUGCAUUCCUAUUUCG